AAAACCCUAACUAGCGCCAUAGCCAAAGCAACCUUCCUCGGAUCGUCGCUCGAAAUUUUCCGGUUAAUCGUCAGUUUUUCUUCAAGGGGAAAAUUAAGGCUAUGGCGAUGUUAGGUGCACAGCAAGUUCCAACAGCAGCUUGUACUCCAGAUAUGGUUGGGAAUGCUUUUGUGCCUCAGUAUUAUCACAUAUUGCAUCAAUCUCCUGAGCAUGUUCAUAGAUUUUACCAAGAGAUUAGCAAGUUAGGUCGUCCUGAAGAGAAUGGUUUAAUGAGCAUCACUACUACCUUGCAAGCUAUUGACAAGAAGAUAAUGGAGCUAGGUUACGGUGUAAUCAGUGCGGAGAUUGCAACUGUGGACUCACAAGAAUCUUAUGGUGGUGGUGUUCUUGUACUGGUGACUGGGUAUUUGACGGGGAAAGACAGUGUCAGGAGGAUGUUUAGUCAGACCUUCUUCCUUGCUCCACAGGAGACAGGAUACUUUGUUUUGAAUGAUAUGUUCCGAUACAGUGAUGAAGCCGCAAUCGUACAUGGAAAUCAGAUUCCAGUGAACAACAUCCAAGUUCCUGUCAACACUUACCAGGAUACAGCUGCUUCGAAAGACAUUCCAGAUGACUUUGUUCAGGAAAAAUAUGUCCAAGAGAAUCAUGCUGUUAAGCAAACCGAGGUGUUGUCCAAAAGCAUUAAUGGGCCUGAAGUGUUCACUCCCUCUGAAGAUGAACAAGUAUCAGCUACAGAAGAAGUUCUGGCACCUGAAAUAGUUAAUGAAGCACCAAUUGAAGCGCAGAAGGUUGGAGAAUCUGAUUCUAGGACUGGCGAAGUUCCAAAGAGAUCUUAUGCAUCCAUUGUGAAGAUGAAAGAGAAUGCUGCACCAGUGUCUGCUUCGAGAACUCCGACAAAGGUGGAACCAAAGAAACAAGAAGAGCAAGCCAUUCAUAUCCCUCUACCAACACCAUUGUCUGAGAAAUCAGAUUCAGGAGCAAAUAUAGCUGUAAAUGAGAACAAUCACGAUAAUGAAAGAGCUCUAGGUCCAUCCAUCUAUCUAAAGGGCUUGCCACUUGAUGCAACACCAGCCUUGCUUGAGAAUGAGUUCCAAAAAUUUGGACUUAUUAGGACCAAUGGAAUUCAAGUGAGAAGCCAGAAGGGAUUCUGUUUUGGUUUUGUUGAGUUUGAAUCUGCAAGUUCCAUGCAAAGCGCUAUCGAGGCAUCACCUGUCUUGCUCAAUGGGCACAAAGUAGUUGUGGAGGAAAAGCGAUCUACUGCAAGAGGCAAAGGACGUUCGACAUUUGGUGUGAACUCAGGAUACAGAAACGAAGGGGGAAGGGGUCGUGGGAACUUUGGUGGUGGAAGAGGAGGAUAUGGCCGGACAGACUUCAACGGAUAUGGUAAUAACAGGGGAAACAAUAGAGGAGGAUACGCAAACCGAGCAAAUGGUGACGGUGGUGGGUUCCCGAGAGCCAAUGGUAACAACGGACGUGUAAGACGUGGUGGCGGAAUUGAUGCUAACAGAGCUACUAAACCCGUGGAUGAUGCUCCCCGUGUGUCUGUUACUGCUUAAAUGUGCUUUUGAAACAAAAAGCUCCAUUGGUUUUAGAGUUUAGGCGUAGAGCAAUGGCAAAAAAAAACACUAUUAUUCUCUUUUCACUGUGUCGCCAUUUUAUUAAUUGGAGUCAAAACAUGAGAGCAAGAGAGAGUUUCGUCGGUUCUUGCUUGUCUAUUUUUUUACUGCUAAUGAAAUCUCUUUCUUCAU